UCGAACCGUUGGAUAUUUCAGUUCGGGAUCUCACUUCUACCCAAUCCCUCUCAUUCGGAUCUGUCCAUUUCCGGGCUUCCUUUCUUUAUCUGUUAGCAAAGCACCAUUUUGGGAUCGAGACCAAAUAUUUUAUGAGAUUGUGGUUGGCCUGAAGCUCAAAGUUGUGAUAUGAGUUGUACGGAAAGAGAAUGUGUGGUUGAUAUUGAGACUGAUGGGACUACAACUGGAGUAGGUAGUUCAUACAAAUGUGAAAAUGAGGGGGAGGUUUUGCCUCCUGGAAAGAUUGAAGGGACAAUGUUAGAGAAUACAAUGGAAAAGAAAGUAGAGAAAGAGAAAAGAAAGUCCAUAAGUGCCAAGAAGCCUCCCAAACCCCCUAGACCUCCAAGAGGGUUGUCAUUAGAUGCUGCUGACCAAAAGCUGAUCAAAGAAAUACACGAACUUGCGUUGAUCAAACGUGCAAGGAUUGACCGCAUGAAGGCCUUGAAGAAACUGAAAGCUGUAAAGGCAUCGUCCGUUUCAUCAGCAUUUAGUGGGAGUUUCUUCGCUAUGUUUUUCACCGUUGUGUUCUUCAUGGUGCUAAUCUUCCAAGGGAUGUCCUCAGGAAAUGGAUCCUCAAGCUUUCAUGGUUCUCCAGAGUCAGGUGUACCACAAGACCAAUCAAACCUAUCUCCUUCUAAUCCAUCAAUUUCAACCAAUUCUAGACAUCUGAUGUAGGUUCUUCAAACCGAACCCUCUCUGUUAAAAAUCUAAAAUGUCAACUAUUCCAAUAGAUUUCUCCUUGUUCUUUGGUAAUAUGAAAUAACUGUAUUGAGCUACUACCAUUUACAGUAUAGGGGAGAACUUAGCCGGGGUGAUCCCCGCGUUUGGGUCGAAGAAGGCUUUAGGAUGAAAAGUGCAGAUGAAGAGUAGAAUAAUGCCAGUCUUCCCGCCUUCUUGAACAGCUUCAAUGGCUAUGAUGAUGCCCUUUGUACAGCUAAUAAGUAGUGGUAUUAUUAUUGUUGUUAUUAAUAGUGGUAGUAUUAUAAUUCAUUUUCUUAAGCUUUUCUAAUUAGUUUUUACUACAAUGAAUCAUUUAUUUAUUCACUAUAGAAGUAUUAGUAGUGACGAACUGGCUAUAUCCAUCAGAAUCUUUUUCUAACGUCGACAUGAUCUGUUGAUUACUAAGUCAUUCUUUUUAGAUCAAUUUAUUUAUGGAGUUUGGUUCAGAAUUUCAGAUACUUUAUCAGUUGAAUGUUAGUUGAUU